CGUGUUUUAAGUAAAUGUAUAUAAAGGGUUGGAAAUUUUGGUAACAUUGCGGAGUACAACUAUAGCAAUCGCCGUGGAAUAUUAGAGAACACUGAAAUGAAAGUUACUCUGCUUGCUGUGGUAAUCGUCACCGCAGUGGCAUCCUUAACCGGAGCCGCCGAUCCUGAAUGCAUAUAUCGCAAGUUACGUGGCUUGUCACCACAUUGGCCCAAUCCUUCAGAUUGUGCCAGCUAUUAUCGUUGCUCCAAUAAAAAUGCCGUCAAAGCCAUCGCCUGCCCGACAGGAAAGGAAUAUAACCCCAAGACUGGCAAAUGCUCGACAGCAGGACGUGGUCUGUGCAAACUAGCCCUGUCCGCACCUUUAGCAGACGCAAACAAUGUCUGUGCUAAUGAGGUAAAUGGCGCCUGGGUGAAGAAUCCGGACUACUGUGGCCAGUACUUCAUCUGUGAUAAACAGAUGGCUUAUGCCCAGACCUGUGACCUCGGCAGUGCCUUCGACACGGUCCUCAGCCAUUGUGUACCCGAUACAGAGUCGGAAUGCUGGCAAAAUCAGUGCAUCGACAAGUCGGAUGGCACACUUGUGGCAAGUACUACAUCCUGUGGCAGUUACUAUAUCUGCAAGAGUAAAGAAGCCGACUUGCAAAGUUGCAAUCCUGGUUACUACUUCAGUGCCAAUCAGGGAGGCUGUGUUGUUGAUCAGAAAAACGCCCAAUGCUGGGAGAACUUCUGUAUUGACAAAGCUGAUGGUUCAGCUGCUGCUGAUCCUGACAAUUGUAGCAACUUCUAUUUGUGCUACAAUCAAAAGGCAACCCUUCAACAGUGCUCCGAAGGCACCUAUUUCGAUGAAAGCGGUCCGAGUUGCCGACCCGGCGAAUGUCCUGUAGAUACGACAACAACAACAACUACAACAACGACAACAACGACUACGACGGAGUCACCUUCAACUGGCUGCGAUUGUGCCGAUGGUGUGACUAAUGGAGAACUGGUGGCCAACAAGGAUAAUUGCCGACUUUACUUCAUUUGCGAUAAUGGUGUUAUGGAGCCAGGAGAUUGCCUCAUGGGCAAUUAUUUUGAUCAGGAACAUAACGAUUGCCAAAAGGAUAUCUUUAAGACCUGUCCGGAUAGCUGGACACCCGACUGUGUGGAUGGUGAGAAUGCUACGGAUGCACAGAAUUGUAAUCAAUAUUACGUCUGUCAAAAUGGCAUCUGGGAGUCAAAGACCUGCGACAGAGGACUCUACUUCCAGCCAGAUUGUGGCUAUUGUGUUCAGGAUACCGACAACGUUUGCCCGCAAUGCGAUGAAGACGAUGACGAUGAAGCCAUAAUAAAUCCAACUGAAACAACUGCUUGCAAAGUGACCGAUCCCAUCCAAAAGGCAUCGAACUGUUAUAGCUACUUUGUCUGCAUCAGUGGCAGCUGGAAGCAGGAAUCCUGCCCAGCUGGCUCCUACUUUGACGCCAACUAUGGCAUUUGCAAAUUGGAUGCAGAUAAUAUAUGUCCGGAGAACAUGUUGAUUACAACUGCAUGGCGUACCAAGCGUAGUGUUGAACAGGAAACGGACGCCAACUGCACUUGUGAAGGUGACAUUGCCGAGGGCAGCAUCGUGGCACAUCCCACGGAAUGCGACAAGUAUCUCAUCUGCCAGAAUCAACAAAUGAUCGAGGGUACCUGCGGUCAGGGUAACGUAUUUUGUAGCAAGCAGGGCAUCUGUGUGCCGGAUACCGAUGCCACAUGCUGGAUUUGUGCCAACAAGCCCAAUGGUUACCUAAUGGUCGAUCCUGCCGAUUGUACCUCCUAUUUCACCUGCUCCAAUGGCCUUGCCGUACCACAGAGCUGUCCAGCUGGAGAAUGGUUCACCAAGCAGACCUGUGAGAUUGAUGUGACCGGACAGUGCAUCAAUCCCUGCAGCUGUGGUACUGGAAAUGUGGCCCAUCCCGUGUGCUCCAAGUACUUCCAAUGCACCGAUGGUGUUCCACAGGUUGUCGAUUGCCCCGCCAAUCAAGGCUUUGACUCAUCGACUGAGAAAUGCUCUGCCAAGGUUGCCUGUAAUGCAACACUUUGUGCAACUGCCACCGAUGGUACCGUUAUUCCCAUCGCAGGAGAUGAUACCAAGUUCUACAUUUGCAUCGGCAAAACGGCAACGAUUCGAGCGUGUCCACCCAACACGGUAUUGGACCAAACCUACUUGAUUUGCCUACCUGCACCCAGUCCUUCAUGCGAUCAAUCAAAGUGCACAAAAGACAAUCUUUAUGCAGUUUAUCCGACCGAGAAUAAUGACAACACCACCUUCUGUCUGUGCGAAAGCGAUGGUGCCUACGUGAAAUCCUGCCCCUCGGGCUAUAACUUCGACGCAUGUGACGGUGUUUGCACUUUCACGGGGCCUUGCGACCCUAGGGUUUGUGUGGACGCACCUGAAUACACGCCUUCUGAGAACUUUGAUGAUCCCAAUAGUUUCUGUUUGUGCCGCGCUGGACAACAAGUUCCCGUACCUUGCCCCAUUGGCUAUACCUUCAAUAGCGUUCUCCUCAUUUGCGUCCUUGCCCCAAUACCAGAUCCCCGAUGCUGUCGCAACUACUGCGUGGAUAAACCAAAUGGUCAGACCUUCCCGGCCAUUGAUACAAAUGCUGGAUUCUGUCUAUGCAUGGAUGACGUGCCGGCCUAUAAUGACUGUCCAUUUAAUAAGACCUAUAAUGCAGACCUUGGCAUUUGCCUGGAGCCCUAUGAGGAGGUUAAUUGUGAAUGCAACGGAUGUAAUGCAACAAUGUGUGCUAUUAAACCAGAAUUCGACAUUUUCCCAGCAGAUGAUAACAAUAGUGGCUUCUGCUACUGCAAAGAGAAUUGUCCUGUGUAUUCCACGUGUCCACCUGGUAAAGAAUUUGAUACCGAUCUAUUGCUGUGCCUGACACCACCUGGUCCCGUUGUCUGCAAUGCAACAAUGUGUGAUACACUUCCGGAAUACGAGACUUAUCCGGCAGAAAAUGGUACUACCGGCUUCUGUUAUUGUCAGGGAGGCUUACCCAUUUAUAGACCUUGUCCACCCGACAAAGAAUACAGCAUACAAGAUCGCAUAUGCCUGGAACCAAUGGGUGGAGAAACGAGCUGCUAUUGUGACUCUGACCUAUGCGAUUGCAACCCUGAGUAUCAGCCUUUCCCCUCUACGAACGAGACAAGCUUCUGUUAUUGCAAGAACGGAACGGCACUCUAUAAUAACUGUCCAAAUGGCAAAGUUUUCGAUCCCGUCGAGAAAGUCUGCCUGAGAAAAGCGGUUUCAGAUUGUGUCUGUACAGCAGGAAAAUGUGCUGGUCUUCAGGACAAUUCCAACUUUGCCGCCCUGAACACAACAGAUGGCUUCUGCCUGUGUCUUGAGGGUGUUGCAAUGUAUGAGCCAUGUCCAGCUGGCAAGCAAUACGAUGCCCAAUUUCAAAUAUGUCUAAACUCGGGCACUGGCGGCAAACAAUUACCUUGUGAUGCCACAAAAUGUCAGAGCUUGGCUAAGUCCACAACAUUUGCUGCCUUAGAUAGAACCAAUGCGUUCUGUCUUUGCGAAGCUGAUGGUACCGCCACCUAUCAGACCUGUGGCGAUGGACAUAUGUUUGACGAGACCCUCGGAUCUUGUGUCGUUGAUGCCUGUGAUCCUCUGCAAUGUCGAUCACGUGUACAGUUCGAGGCAUUCGCUGCGAAGAAUACAACAAAGGGCUUCUGCGCCUGCGAUGUUACUCCGACCUAUUACCACUGCACCCCCGGACACGUCUUCGAUAUCAGCCUAGGUGUUUGUGUCGACGAAGUGACCGCCACCGUUGCUGCCUGUGAUCCUCGGGAGUGCAGAAAUCGCAUCCAAUUCCAACCCUUCGCAGCCGAGAAUACCUCUGAAGGUUUCUGCUCUUGCGAUGGAAAUGAUGGGGUUGUCACCUAUCACAAAUGCAAAGAUGGAAAACUUUUCGAUCGCGUCCUCGGCCUGUGCUUGAUCAACGAGCAUGUCAUUCAGAAGCGAUCCGUUGAACCGGAGGAAAAAUUUGCCUGUGAAGUCAAUGAAAAGCGUUCUUUGCCAGCAAACUGUUCUCAGUAUGAGAUCUGUGUGGAUGGAAAUUGGCGACGACGCACUUGCUCCGAGGAGCGCUAUUACAAUCCGGAGCAGCAACGUUGCCUGGAGCCCCGUGACGAUAUGGUUUGUAGUUAUGCUCGAGUACCAGGUCUGCCUCAAUGUAAUCUUCGCAACGAGUUUUCAACAAUUCCGAGCCGAAAUGGGAAAAGUAAUUGCAUGCAAUACUUUCGCUGUAACGCCGGCAGAUGGCGCUUACGUAGCUGUCCCAAACGUCAUUACUAUGCUGCAAAGGUGAACGCCUGUCUGCCCAUGCCUAUAUACGAGGGUGAUGACUUCUGCUUGUGGAUUAAUCGAAACGAGACCUCAACUGCCUGUCGUCAUCUGGCAGUGCGUCCAUCGCCAAGAGGUUGCUCCACAUUCUUGAUGUGCACGGAGAACGCUUGGUGGCUCCAACAGUGUCCACUUGGCAUGUACUUCAGUCGGCAACACAACUACUGUCUGCCCAACGAUGCCAAUCAAUGUCGACUGGAGGAGGGGAGCACCACCUGUGUUGAGGGACAGAGACGUGGCAUCGCUAGCAGCUGUCGCUCCUACGAUCUGUGUGUGGGGGGCAAAUGGGUUAACAGAACUUGCAACUCCUUGGAACAGUUUGAGCCACAGCUGGGAUGCAUUCCAAAUGAAGGCAGCUGUCAUGGCAACGGCUUGCGACGCUCAUGCAAUCCCGGCGAGCUUCGUUCCUUGCCCUCAACCGACUCGAAUUGCACCCAAUUAUUCUACUACUGUGUGGCGGAUGAAUGGCAUCUGGCCAGUUGCCUGCGUGGACAUAGCUUUGUUGGGGAGCUGGGCAAGUGUCAAUCCCUGGACAAAUGUCAAGCCUUGCUCAAGGAUCAUACAUCGAUCAGUUGCCUAGGUCAGCCGGAUGGUCAGAGUGUUCCCCAUCCGGAUGACUGUACACGUUUCUAUAUCUGUCUGCAGGAACAACCCGCUCUGCCCCAGAACUGCGCUUCCGGCAGCUUCUUCGAUGCGAUCCUGGGUUACUGUCGUCCCAACGAUGGCAGCUGUCAGCAGAUUGAGUCCAUCUGUGCCAAUAAGAUGACAGAUACUCUGGUUCCCCAUCUCCACAACUGCCGAGCUUAUUACAAUUGCUCCAACUCCAGCCAAAAUGCGUCGCAGUUGCUCUACUGUCCCAAGGGUCAGUACUUUGAUAGCUCCCUCCUGCAAUGUCGCUUGGAUCUCGGACAGUGUAAGCAGCAAAUCAUGUCCGACUCUGAGACGAGUCUGGGUCUCUGCACGGGAGUCUCUCAUGGUGCCCAUUUGCCCCACAAGCUAUACUGUAAUCUGUACUACGUCUGUGUUCGUGGUUUGGCCAUUUCAGUCCAGUGUGAGGACAGGAAACGCUUCAAUGCUACUCUGGGACAUUGCAUAUCGGAAUUGGAGUCGGAUUUGGAGUGCCAACAUGGUCAACUGGAUAAUAAUCUUACCAAUAGCGCCGUCUACAGUUGUGGCAGUCUGCAGGAUGGCAGCUAUGUUCCGGAUUAUCGGGACUGCACCAAGUACUACAUCUGUGCUGGAGGAGUUGCCUUGAUCCAACGCUGCGCUUUGGGAGCCUAUUUCGAUGCUGAGCAGCUGCUCUGCCUGCCAGACGAUGGAUCCUGUCCUUAUGUGAGCAGGGAAGAGAUUGGCAACGGAAACGAAACAAGCAUUCGGGACUUGCCACCCAAUCCCAUGUUGUGCGAGGGCAAACAUGGAUUUAUAGUCCCGGAUACGGCAAAUUGCAACAACUUUUAUAUAUGCAUCUCCAACAAACUUCGUGCUGAACGCUGCUAUGAAGGAUACUUCUUCAAUGCAACCCUGCUGCAGUGUUCCCCCUUUGAAGUAGCCACUGAAGAGGAGAAGGACUUUCAGUCGGAUGCUAAGACAGAGCUGGGAUCUCUGUCAGCAAUAGAGCACGACACUGUUGAAAAGGAGGUACAAUCGAUAGAGAAAUGUAUCGAAGCUCCCACAGACUUUGCCCAUUUGUGUGAUGUCAUCAGCGAAGGAUCGUCGAUUGCGGAGCCUGGAGAUUGCCGUCGUUACAUCAGCUGUGACGAGGAUGAACCCAUUUCACAGCGUUGUCGCAAUGGCGAGAGCUACGACAGUCUUCUCGGUAUAUGUCGCCAGAACGAUGGCACCUGUUUGAUGGAGAAUGGUGAACGGGUUGGAGUUUGCAAUGGUAAACAUGGUCAACUCGCCCGCGACACUCACAAUUGUCGCGGUUACUUUGUCUGUGUCCACGGCCAGAAGAUCGAGGCCGAGUGCGAGCAGGGAUUCUACUUCAACAAGGCGACAAAUAACUGCCAAUUGGAUGUCCUUCAACAGUGCAACAGCAAUUCCAAUGAAAUGGCAAAGCCAAAGAUCGAUGAAUCAUCUUAAAUCUAGUAUAAAUAUUUAAUCCACUUUGAUUAGUCAUAAGUUCAUAUACUUGGUGUUGGUCUCAAUAAAUGGUGAAGGGUAAAAAAUAA